CGUCCUAACGAAAGGUUCGGUACAGCAGGCACCCAACAUCCUGUGUGCGUGUAUCAGAGGCUUAGGACGGAGAGGGUGGGAUCCCUCACUUCCAUUGCGCCUGCCUUUGGAAGUGGACGUAGAGGCGCAUCACCAAGACCUCGCUAAAGGACGGGAUGCAGGCGUGGUGGAGUCUCGCGCUGGCGUUGGCUGCGUUGUGGCGCGCCGUGACGCCCAGCCCGCUGCUGCAGCUCAAUGAGAGGCCCGUCAUUGGCAUUCUGGCGCAGGAGAUGGACGCCAGCCUGGCCGCGGCUGUGCACGGCGCCCUUUCGCCUCCCUCGGGCGUCCGCCUCCGACGUUCCUUGGCGUCGCCGGCCGCUGCCUCGAAGAGCACCGAAGACGCCGCCAAGGAGACCGCGCCGCAGGGAGGCCUCCAGUCCCAGCAGAACUACGAGUACCUCACCUUCGAGGAGGACGAGGAGCUGCAGAAGCCGGAGGUGGACAUCGUUCCGAACGCGGAGGCCGAGGCAAGGGCCCCCGCGGCCGCCAGCCCCCCCACCCAUGCCCUCGCCGCCAUGACCACGUCUCCUGAGGCGCCGGUGUCCUCGACGCCGACGGAGUCAUCGAAGUCCUACAUUGCUGCCUCGUACGUGAAGUUCGUGGAAGCCGCCGGCGCCAGGGUGGUCCCGAUCCUAAUCAACCAAGACAAAGACUACUACGAGCGUAUCCUGUCUUCCAUCAACGGAGUGCUCUUCCCUGGCGGAGCCGUAGCCAUCGACCAGACCAGUGGAUACGGACGCGCCGGCAAACUCAUAUAUGACACGGCGGUGCAGAUGAACAGCGUCGGCGACGUGUUCCCUCUGUGGGGCACCUGCCUGGGCUUCGAACUCCUGAUGGGGCUGGCGGCGAAGGGCGAGGAGAUCAGGGCGCAGUGCAUGGCUCAGAACUCGGCAGAUCACGUCAAGCUCGAUAAUGACUACGCCGAGGGCCACCUGCUGCGCCACAUGCCCAAGGCCCUGCUUAAAGCCCUCAUCACGAAUCCAGUCACCGCCAACUUCCACCACUUCUGCGUCACGCCCAAAAACUUCAGCGACUUCGGCGUGGACAAGGUGUACCGCCCCCUGGCCUACAGCUGCGACAAGAGGGGCGUCGAGUACGUGGCGAUGGCCGAGGGGAGGGAUUUCCCCUUCUACGCCGUGCAGUUCCACCCUGAGAAAGCCCCUUACGAGUGGACGACGGCGCCUGGACACAACGAAAUCCCACACACUCGAGUCGCGGUUCAUCUGUCGGCGUUCUUGGGUGAUGUUUUCGUAAGCAAAGCCCGCAGGAGCAACCACCGCUUCGCCAACGCCACUGAGGAGGCGACAUCCCUCAUCUACAACUUCCCUGCAUUGUACACCGGCGCCAAGUCCCCGCUGGAACAGGUCUACGUCUUCUAACGCUUUCUGAUUCCUGUUAUAGCGUCCCUUUUUCCCUUCUAACUUUUUUUCGAAUUAUCAUUUUAAUUCCUUUGAACUAUCAUCUUGAUAUGCGUAUUUUUAUUCUUCUCUAACUAUAUUAUCAUAUUGAUUGGUAGUAGAUUUUUAUUUUCUUUUUGAUUUUCGGCAAUUUCGAUAGCAGGCACCAUGAAAUAAACAUCAUUAUCACGAAAAAAAGUGCUGCUUGAGUAUAUAUAUAUAUAUAUUUUUUUUAGUUUUCCAAAUGUAGUUUUGACGAUCGCAGUAGACUGAUUCAUAUCGCCUACCUAAUAUUACAGACAGUCCAUAUCAAAUUCCUUAACAGCUGUAUACAUAGAGAAGAAAAUCUGAUCAUUUCGUGUCACCGAAAUAAACCGUGACGAAUAACAUAUAUAUGACAGUCUGUAUCAUUCAGAGGGUUUUCUAAAUAAAUAUAAACAAAAAC